AUGGCUUCAUACAUCUUAGCGACGAAUUCUCCUGGUGCGAUUCUACCACUCGCGGGCUUCAGCGGUUUGACCGCACAUGUUCUUUUCUAUCGUCAUGGAGAAUGGGAUCUCAAGGCCCCACGUAUUGUGGUCUCAUACAUAUUUCUGUUCUUAGGCGCUACAUUCCUGGAGCGGUACCAGAAAGGUGAGCUCCCAAUUGGUGCACCAAGCCAUUUGGCCGCCAAACUCGUAGGGUGCCAUAUCUUGGGUAUCUACACGAGUAUGCUCUUCUACCGAGCAUUUCUACAUCGGUUGUCACAGUUCCCGGGCCCAUUCUUUGCAAAACUAUCAAACUUUCAUGUGACUCUUCUGUCUGCCCGGAAGCUUCAGCUUUAUGCGGAGACUGAGAAGCUACACGCACAGUACGGAGAUUACGUGCGUUUAGGGCCUACUGAGUUGUCUAUUACGGAUCCACGCGCAGUCAAGGAAAUCUACAGUUCCUCUGCCAAGGUCACCAAAGGGCCUUGGUAUACGGUCUUGGAACCACGAGUUUCCUUACAGAUGGUCAGAAAUAAGCAGGUGCACGCACAGCGAAGGAAGGCUUGGGACCAAGGCUUUAGUACCCGAGCACUCCGUGAUUACGAGCCUCGCGUCUCCCAUUACACAGAACAGCUCAUCCAGGUCAUCGAACGGGAGGUGGGCAAUCAAAUCAACAUGGCUCAGUGGUUCAAUUACUAUAGCUUUGAUGUUAUGGGUGAUUUGUCGUUUGGAAAAUCCUUCAACAUGCUAAUAGAUGGCAAAGACGCUUAUAUCUUGAAGCAAUUGCAUGCUGAUUUAAGAAUGAUUGCAAUUUUUGCCCAUCUCACCUGGCUAUUUCCAUUCUUCAAGAAAAUUCCUUUGAUCAAUGCGGACUAUCUCAAGUUUUGGAAAUGGGUGGAUGCGCGUGUUGAUGAGAGGAUUCAGAGUAACCCAUAUGCCCCAGAUGUGUUCUCAUGGAUCCUCAAAGCAUACGAGCAGGGUCCAAAGACGAAGCAGGAUAAGGAUGACCUCAGUGGUGAUGCAUACCUAGUUAUCGUAGCUGGAAGUGACACUACAGCUGCAACACUUACCAGCCUUUUCUUCCAUCUUGCCAUGGACCGCACUCUGUAUAAAGCAAUCCAGAAAGAGCUGGACGCUCUACCUAGUCUAUCCUACGACAAUCUGAGAGGUGUAAAACUACUCGACGGAGUAAUUAAUGAAACGCUCCGACUUCAUCCUGCUGUGCCUUCAGGAAUGCAGCGUACGACUCCACCAGAGGGCAUCACUAUCGGCGACAGGUACAUUCCCGGGAACGUCAGGGUUUGCAUUCCCCUAUAUACCAUGUUCAGAGAUGAGCGCAACUUUGCUCGCCCACAAGAGUUUUUGCCCGAGAGGUGGGAUACACAACCAGAACUCGUCAAAGAUGCUGCUGCAUUUGUUCCAUUCAGUGCUGGUCCAUAUUCGUGCGUUGGAAAACAGCUAGGACUGAUGGAGCUCCGCUGUGUGACUGCUGAGAUACUUACCCGAUUUGAUGUCUCGUUCGCCCCAGACCAAACGGUGGCUGCUUUCAUCGAUGGAAAGCAGGAUGCUUUCGCAGUAGCUACGGCACCAUUAAAGGUAGUAUUCCAAAGAAGGGAAAACAAGGAAAAAUGA